CUUGAAUUUCCACAUACCUCUCCCUAAGACCUGUACCCCACUAGAAUGGAGAAGAGGCAAAGUAGAGAGGAACAAACUUUAGAUUGCUAUUUCAACAUGUUCAUCUGCACAGAUAAAAGGUUUGGCUGGCGUCAGAGAUUGUGUGAGGUCAUUACUGUGUUGAUUGAAAAAGACUCAUUUCUUCUCAGUGUACUACAGCAAAGACUUCUUGGCAAGCCCAGCAGAAUCCAAAGGACUCACUCCAUGGAGGGAUGCUCGGUGAUGAAGGCAGCCAACGGCUCCCAGGAUGGCUUGGAUUUCAACCCCAUGAAGGAUUACAUGAUUCUGAGCAGUCAGCAAAAGAUAGCUGUUGCCGUGUUGUGCACCCCCCUGGGCCUGCUGAGCGCCCUGGAGAACCUGGCUGUGCUCUACCUGAUCCUGUCCUCCCGCCGGCUCCGCAGGAAGCCCUCAUACCUGUUCAUCAGCAGCCUGGCUGCCGCUGACUUCCUGGCCAGUGCAGUCUUCGCUGGCAACUUUGUCAAUUUCCACGUCUUUCAGGGCGUGGACUCCAAGCCUGUCUUUCUGCUGAAGAUUGGCAGCGUGACCUUGACCUUCACAGCCUCUGUAGGCAGCCUGCUGCUGACCGCCAUCGACCGCUACCUCUGUCUGCGCUACCCACCUACAUACAAAGCCCUCCUCACCCGUGGGAAGGCACUGGUGACACUGGGCAUCACGUGGGUCCUCUCAGCAUUGGUCUCCUACCUGCCCCUCAUGGGAUGGACCUGCUGUCCCAGCCCCUGCUCUGAGCUGUUCCCUCUGAUCCCCAAUAACUAUCUGCUGGGCUGGCUCCUGUUCAUCACCUUCCUCUUCUCCGGCAUCAUCUACACCUACGGACACGUCCUCUGGAAGGCCCAUCAGCAUGCAGCCAGCCUGGCUGAGCACCAGGAUGGGCAGGUGCCAGGAAUGACCCGGAUGAGGCUGGAUGUGAGGUUGGCCAAGACCCUGGGGGUGGUGCUGGCUGUUCUCUUCAUAUGCUGGUUCCCGGCACUAGCCCUCAUGGUCUAUAGCCUGGCCACCCCUCUGAGUGACCAGGUCAAGAAGGUCUUUGCCUUUUGCUCCUUGCUCUGCCUUGUCAACUCCAUGGUCAACCCCAUCAUCUACGCCCUGCGGAGUGGGGAGAUCCGAGCCUCUGCCCACCGCCGCCUGGCCUGCUGGCGGAAGCACCUGAGAGGCCUUGGCCCUGAAGGAAAGGAAGACGCCCCGAGGUCCUCCGUCAGUGAGACAGAGGCUGAUGGGAGAGCCACCCAGUGGGCAGAUUCCCGAGGUCCAUACUGCUCUGACUGCUGAGGCGGCCUCUUUCAGAGUUUUGAACAAAACAAGUCAGAAAUCAUUUCACUUUCUGGAGGAGAGAGAGCAGUCUUGACCCUCUCAUCUUACUUGAACCAGCCCCAGAGGCCUUGACGCCUACCAUUUUUGGCUGAUGAGAGUUGGCAUCCUGGAGAGUGCCUGGUCCUGCCUAUCUGCACAGUUGGGCCCUGUUGGGAGUGGUAACGGGGGCAGGAGGCAAGACAUCUGGGACAGGCUCAGCGCAUGUCAGGUCAGGAAAACCUCCUCAACAAGAUGGCUUAGUGCCUGCAUUCUCCAGAGACCACGGAGCCAGAGGGAACCUUCAGGCUCAGCAAUGAGGGGCUCAGAGGAAAUUUGAGAAGAACAGAUUCUUCUCCUGGGAUCUCAGGGUAUGGGUGGAUGUUUGGCCAGCCCAAAAGGUUUGGCUGGAGUCAGAGAUUGUGUGAGGUCAUUACUGUGUUGAUUGAAAAAGACUCAUUUCUUCUCAGUGUACUACAGCAAAGACUUCUUGGCAAGUCCAGCAGAAUCCAAAGGACUCACUCCAUGGAGAGAUGCUCGGUGAUGAAGGCAGCCAACGGCUCCCAGGAUGGCUUGGAUUUCAACCCCAUGAAGGAUUACAUGAUUCUGAGCAGUCAGCAAAAGACAGCUGUUGCUGUGUUGUGCACCCCCCUGGGCCUGCUGAGCGCCCUGGAGAACCUGGCUGUGCUCUACCUGAUACUGUCCUCCCGCCGGCUCCGCUUAAUUGCUGGGGCCUUCUUGGUUCUAAGUCACCCUUUCCCAUUGAGGACCUUUUUAGGUUACCCUAUCCCGCUAAAGACCAAGAACUAUGACUCAAUGAGGACUGUGGGUGUGGAUCCCACCUCUUUCAGAGGUAGCUGGCAACCCUCCAGUUAAGGGCAUCUUGUUAUGAAGGCAAUGGUCCUCUUUGACUCCUGAUAAUCCCCACCCACAGCGGCUGUGGCUUCUUAGGUUGCUGGGGAAUACGGAGGCUGGGGCCACUUGAGACACAGGCUCUUCAGAGAAUUUUAUUGACCCUGUGAAGUCCUACUUGGUGGCACCACUGGAAGCAGGCAGUGUCCCAGUCUAGCCCAACUCCAAGGAAAAGGAAGUUAGUCACAAAGAUUUUAUAAAUCCUCAAAUUGUUCUCACUCAUGCUUAGUUCAGGCCUCUUUAUCUCCUCCAUACCCCUAUGACAAAUAAGAAACAGAGCCAGUGGUAGGAAGGGGAAAUUUCUUUACUACGUGUUAGGCACAGGGUGGACAUCCCACAGUCCAUUAUCUGCAGCGAGAAUACAGCCCAAGCUUUUGAAGAGCCCAGGACACCAGAUUUUACAUCUCAGGCCAUCUGAGUUCCUAGCAGAGGGGCUUAAAAUAGAAGGCAAGAGAAAUGCUGGUGGCAGGAGGAUUGCAAGGAAUUCUAAUGCAGGCCUUUAGGCUCAAAGACAGGAUAAAUGGA